AUGCAAUUCUCAAAAGUUAUUUUUUCUGGUCUAGCUGUCAUCGGUGUCACACAAGCUGCUUCAAAUGCAACCAACGGCUCUUCCACAAAUGCUGCUAACGUAAACAAUGCUCUAUUAGCUGAUAAGACUAAUGUCAUCGGUGCCGCCGCCGUCGCUGGUAUUGUCGCUUUACUAAUUUGA